GAUUCUGAUGAGAGCUGCGCGCGGUGUAACUUCCUAUGUUUAUUUCCGGGCAAGAUGGCGGUGCCCACGUAACGACAGCACGGAGCUCGCGGAGUUUAGAAACCAAGCCUUAUUUUUCUUGAGAAAUCAAUCUGAAAACAAAUUUAAACACCGAAUGAAAAACCGAAUGUUUUUUUCGGUCGAUCGCCUAUCGAUUAAUUUAUCCUGGUGCACAGCGCAUUGGAAAAUGAAAGAGCUGUGAAAUGUUCACGAGCAUUCAUGUGUGUUUAGAGCUGCUGGUUAUCGUGUGAAUAGAGACAAAUCCCAGGGAAACAUAAGAGCAUUGAUGAUUUGAGUAGAAGUAUAAGCCGUACAGUGAAGGCAUCGCAGGCAUGCGGUGUGUGAAGGCAUUGCAGCUCACUCUUGCGGUCGUCAAACCAGAUGCUGUGGCCCAUCCGCUCAUUCUGGAGGCUCUUCAUCAGAAGAUUCUCCAAAACUUCAUAAUAGUCAGAAAGAAGGAUCUGAUGUGGAGAACAGAAGAUUCAGAAAGGUUUUAUGCUGAGCAUGCAGGACGUUUUUUCUAUCAAAGACUGGUUGAAUUCAUGUCAAGUGGCCCAAUGAGAGUGUACAUCCUAGCCAGGGAAGACGCUAUCACUUACUGGAGGGGGAUGAUGGGUCCAACAAAAGUGUUUAGAGCUCGCUUCACUUCACCAGACACCCUGCGGGGCCAAUACGGGCUGACUGACACCAGAAACACUACUCAUGGUUCAGAUUCAGUUUACUCUGCCAAGAGAGAGAUUUCAUUUUUCUUUCCAGAAUUCAAUGCAGAUGAGUGGAUGUCGAGAGAAGAGCCACGUUUUAGGUUGGGACUUACUGAAUAUAAUGAGGAGAGACAAAUUCAUACUCUCCAGGACACAUGAUGAUCACUGGUUUUACACGACUACAUCAAUGUGACUUUUCAUCAGAUAUUUCACCAUUGUUUUUUUUUUCUCUGAAUUGCCAUGUUACUCUUUUGUGACCAUAACAUAUCUCUACCGCAGCUCUGCCAUCACUAUUUUAUUCAUUUGUUUUAUAUUUAUGUAUAAUUUAAUAUUUGUUCUAGCUUUGUAGUAGAUGUCGAUAAAUGUUUACCUCGACGUAGCAAAACUCUAAGCACAGUUCUUUUUUAAGUUAACACAGUAUCCUUGUUAUGAUGUACUAACAGAAUAUAGUUAGGACUGCAAAGGUGUAAAGAUGUGAAUUUAAAAUAUAUCAAGAGGUUUUUGAAACAUUAUUUAUAGUAAAUUUUGUAAUGAUUGUUUAUGUCCAUUCAACAUUUUUUUUUUUUUUUUUCCUUUAAACAGUGGGGGGUUUUGAUUUUAAUUUUAUGAGAUUCCUUUGAGAAACCCCCAAAAAUGUUAAUCUUUAAAUUAACUUGACAUUUUACAUUAAGAUUAGUUAUUGCAUUAGGUAUCAGGAACUAACAAUGAACAAUACAUUUUUAAGUUAAUGUCAAUUUAUUGUUAUUCUUUGUUACUUCAGUUCAUUAUAAACCAUUACUCAAAAAAAUAUUUAGGCCUAUUUAUUCAAGAUUUUAAUUUUUAAUUUAUCAAAUUUCCAUCCAUCUGGAUUAAACAAUGUGAUGUAUAUUUGUCAGUCAUACACGAAUGAAACAAGAAUGAGAUUUAUGUAAUGGUAUUAAAUCAAAUAUGUUUUAAAUGCACAAUAACCAGGUUUAUAAAUUCAUCAUCACUCAAUUAAAUUUAUUAAUCACA